AAUGCAAAUCACCACCAUGCUACCCUUGUCAUUACUACAUAAUUUCAACUGGCAUUCUAUUGCCUAGCAACCGUUUGUUUAAUGUUACUGCAUUUUGGUUUGUAAAUGGUGGUAUUGUUGCAUUUCAUUCAAGUGCGUGCAAUUCCCGCUAGGGCAAUGAUUGAAACGCAGGUUUUGGGUUUGAAUUAAUAGUGAACGAAAAUUUAGAGACAUAAAAUGCUAGUAAAGGUCUUUAACGUCUCUGUAGAACUGGACGUCCAUGCGGUGAGUAGGUUAAUAUACGUAAAGAACAUCUCCCAGAGAGUUGAUUCGUUGGGUAUUUAACGAUGCAGUAUCAACUACUGAUGUGAAAGUACAGAACGUACUAGCGCUGAAUGAAAUCGGAGAUUUAACUACUCUGUUGUAUGAGCCCUAUAUACCAUGUAUUCUGCUAUUUACUGGGAACAAAGUAUGCCCGUACGACUCAUCAGGGAGGAGAAGUGACAUGCCCAGGAGUGUGGUUGUGCCCAAAUGGCAAAAUCAUUUUGAAACUUUUUAUGUUUGGAAGUUCAGCAAGAGCACCUCAUUUACCACCCAUCUUUCCCUUGCUGUACCAUCAAAAAUUUGUCUUUCAGAAGACUUUCACAAAUGUUCGUUAUCUAACAGAUCUGCAGCAUCUCCUUGGCAAAGAGUUUGUACAUGCAGAGCUGAUACAAAGUUCUGGUGGCAGUGGAGCCGUUUUGGCAUCAUUUGAAACAACAGUGCUUGAAUUACUAUACCCAUCUCCAUGUGUGAAGGGUUUAAUCGCAGGUGUGGAUAUAGAUCUUCUCAUGGAACCAAGAAAAUGUUUUCCUGGAAUAUUAGGUCCAAAAAUUAAGGUAUCAACCAAAACAACAAUAGAAGAAGUUCUGGACACAUCACCAUCCAAUAAACGAAAUCCUGGUCUUAUAAAUCAUAAGCUGCUGAGUUCUAAGAAUUCCUCAACAACCAAAGGAUGUUAUCAGAAUAAAACAUAUCAUGAUAAACAUCAACCACACAGAAGCCCAGAACUGAGAAAGAAACCAGAGAGUCCAUGCUGCAAACAAAACCCUUCAUUAUCUGCUGUGAUGCCUAAUACUGAUGGCUCCAGUAGGUGUACUUGUGGUCACUGUCAAAUGGAUACUACUGGUAACAGAUCACUGUAUUCGCAGAGUGCAGAAACAUUUCAGGAUUCAUCUGCGCAGUUGCCCACUUCGACCUCACCUUCUGGGAGAGUUUACAGUCCACACACACACCAUAACAUUGUCAAAGCGUCAGCACAAGAAAAAGAAGAGCAUCAUACUAAAUGGAGGAAAACAAGGAAAGAUUUUCAUCAUGAGACUUGCCAUGGUUGUAAAUGUCAUGAUAGCCUUAGUCACAGGGCAUGUAACUGUCCAGUAUGCUCUAAAUACAGGACUUACUUUGACAAACACACUGGUGUUGACCGUUCUGCUGCUGAUUCCAGAGAAAGUCAUUCCUUAUUAGAAGAAAUAUAAAUGCAACUUAAAGUGGAAAUAUUUAGAGGAAAUAGUAAAGUUUAGAGGUUUAUUAUAAUAAAAGGAGAUGUCAUCCAUGUGUGCUGCUGUUGCUAUUCAAAAAACAACUUAUAAGGAUAGCAUCACUAAUUAAGGAAAUGUCAGGAAACAGCAUAUCUAUAAUGGAUUCUACACACUGCUUUAAUUUCAUUAACUUUAGCAGCCAUGAAAGUUUCAAAUAUUAUAUAAAUCGCUGGUUGUUACAUGUCACCUUUACUAAAGCCAGCACAAAGUAAAACCAUGAACGAUCAAAGACAAGAGGUAACGCUGGUACGAAUUUUGUACACCAUUAAUUUUUCAUGCAAUUCAGAAAUUACUGACCACUUAAAAUUUCAUUGUCUAUAUUGAGUUUCAUCAUGAAGUGCAAGAACAAUGCUUAUAUGUUAACUAAGUAAAAUCCAGCAUUUUAGCACAGGUUGCAAGUUUCUGAAGAAUAAAUUAAAAGUCUGUGAUGUAAUGAUAGGGUUAGUGUAAAACAGAUUUGUCUGAUGCAGUCAUCACUUUUUGGACUAUAUAUUCAUGCUUCACUGGAAUAACUGUGUAGUAAUUACUACUACAGGUUGCCAACAAUUUUAAUAGAAUAUUCAAUACUUCAAACAUGUUAUUAAGCAAACAGUUAAUUAAUAUAAUGAAUAAUAAAUUAAUAUAUAAUUGUCAUAUUUAAAUACUAUUCAGUUACAUAAUAUUUUAUAUUACUUUCAUGCCCAUUUUAACAAACAUUAACUUCUACAUCUUUAAAAGUAAGUCCUCAAAAUAAACUCACAAGCAAUUGCUCAGUCACUUCCUCAACAAUAUUUACAAAACAAUACACUACAACAGUACAUCAUAAAAUAAAGACAUAUAUAGAGUACUAAGAUAUGGAGAACAAACAUAAUGACAGCAUACAACAGAGGGAGACAUGUGGUCAUCACUAUGUCUAUGCUUCACUAUACAAUUCAUUUAAUAGUUAAUCCUUAUAUUAUUAUAUACAGUAUGUUAUCAAUGUCAUAACAUAGUUCCAAGGGCUGUUUUUAAGCAGUGAAAGAACAACCCUGAAAUGUUCAGACAGAUAUGAAAAGUUGCUACAAUCAGUUUCCCUGCUGUACUCUUUGUGCUGGGUCUUGAACAUAUGUGUGAUUAAGGAUAAUCAUAAACUGUACUGGAAAUUACUGCACCAUAUCACCAUAUUACUAAUUCUAAGGUGCUACUGGCUGUAACAUGGCAAUUACCUAUGGUAUUUGAAAUUUUAUUUAAAAAUUAAAAUACAACCAUAUGUAGUUAUUACAGGUAUCCAACAGCAAACUGAGAUGAUAAUUGAAUCUUCAAAAAUGCCAAUGAUACUCAGUCCUCACACCCCUUCCUGAGCGUUGAUUUUAAGAAAUGUUUUAAUAUGCACCAAUGAGCAUAUGUGUAACAAUGAAUGCUGGAAUUUUAAACAAUAAAAAUACACAAACAUUUUUGGAAUGUCAUCUCUGUUUACUAUCUUGUGACUAGUGUUAUGAAUAUGAAGAACUGCCUUCCACUUUAAUCAUACAAUAUAAUUUUUUGACACUGAUUCUUCGAUCAUCAAAUGUAAGAUGCACCCCAAUUUCAGAAAUUUUAAACUGCCCAAAAAAUUAUCUUAGGAUUGAGAAAAUAUGUCUCAACAUCACGUGACAGUUGUACAUGAAACCAAGCCAUAAAAACAAAGCUCAAGAUGAAAUAUUGAGUCUCUGUAUUUAAAAUGUAUUAGGAAUAAGAAGAAAUAUCUUCCCUAUGUUAGAAUUGGUAGGAAAUAAUGGUUAAAGCAACAGAAGGUGAGAAAUAUUCUUAUAUCAUGGUAUAACUGUAUGUCUAUAUAUGCCACGUAUCCUUCAAUUCUCAUUGUCUUAAAAUUAGCUGCUACUGGUGUAAACCAUUCUGAAAAACAGUAAUCUGCAAGUCAAGUAUUGAAAGGAAUCAAAUCCUCAUAGAUGUAUUCUUUCCAAAAUAUGGGAAUGUUUAUUCUCAGAUCAGUGAAGUUCUUCAAAGUUUAAGAAGUGGCUUACAUGUUUCAAUUAUUUAUGCAAUAGGGCAGGUUGGAAUAAGGGGCACAAAAAAGCCUUUAAACAUAAUAUAAGUAAAAGUCAUUUUCAUUACUUUGCAUUCACACAGUUUAUUGUUCUGAUGCUUUAAGAGCAUAUAACCGUCUACAGUUCAUUCAUAAUGUUGGAGCACACCAGUCAAGAAUGUUUUAUGUCAAUGUAGCACUUGUAAAAGAAUCCACAGGGAGUUCCUAUCCCACUUCCUAUAAGCUAAAGGGACAUAUAUUUCAACCUAAGUGAACACUGGGAUUGCAGGUUUGAAUUCUGCCUAGGACAUCAGUGUAUUUUUAUCACAAUCAUCCUAUUAAUCAUAUUCACUUCAUUUCCAAAAUUCUGCCAUGAGCUAUCCAUCCUUGUAGUUAAAACAAUGCUUUAAGAAUUGUGGAACAUAAUUUCUAGGGAUGGAUGAACCUAGCAAGUCAAAGAACAAAAACUCAGAUUAUUUCUAUUGUCCUAAAAGGUGUUUUGCUAAGAUGGUGUUUUAACUAACUAUUUUCACUUGUGUUCAGAUUUUUAUUCACAAUAAAUGAUAACACUGUUGAUACACUUG